UUUCAGCGGUCAACUCUCCCUGGGUCUUCAGCCUGCUUCUCUCUCCCUCCAACUCACUCUCGUUAUUGGAACCACUCCCCUCCCUCACCCCCCUGGCCAGUAGCGUCUAAGCCCACGCGCCAUUUUUUUAAAAGGGGGAUUCAACACUCCGACCUGCUCUUCUCUGGCCGGCGUCGAAACGAAGUGGACCUUGUUCCUGGGUGUAGUGUUUUGUGUAUUUUAGGAACAACGUAAAACAUAUAUAUAUAUAUUUUUUUACGAAACAUUAAACAAUUCAUCCAUUGACGUCCGAGUCGUGGGAGACUUGAGUGUCGGGAACCAACAAUAACCUGGAACCAUGAAGUGGGGUUGGGUGUUUCUGGGGGCCCUGCUCUCCUUGGGGUCCCUGUCCUGGGGGGAGAAGGGUCUGGAGAUCCCUGAGUAUGAUGGGAAAGACCGCGUCCAUGAUCUCAACGCUAAGAAUUACAAAUCUGUGAUGAAGAAGUACGAUGUGAUGGUGAUCUACUACCAUGCACAUGUGGAGAACAACAAAAACGCCCAGAAAGCUUUUGAGAUGGAGGAACUCGCCCUGGAGUUACUCACCAGUCCAGCUGCCCUGACGUUCCAGCUUGCAGCCCAGGUUCUUGAUGAUAUCGAUGAUGAAGACAUUGGAUUUGGUCUUGUGGAUGAGAAGAAGGACCUCUCUGUCGCCAAGAAGCUGGGUCUGGACGAGGUGGAGAGCAUCUACAUCUUUAUUGAUAAUGAGAUCAUUGAGUAUGACGGUGAGCUGGCCGCUGACACCCUAGUGGAGUUCCUCUACGACGUGAUUGAGGACCCCGUGGAGAUAAUUGAUAAUGAGCGUGAGCUGAAGGGCUUCCACAACAUUGACGAGGACAUCAAGCUGGUCGGCUACUUCAAGAGUGAAAAAUCGCCCCACUUCAUUGAGUAUGACGAUGCUGCCGAGGAGUUCCAUCCAUUCAUCAAGUUCUUCGCCACCUUUGACCCCAAGAUUGCCAAGAAGCUGAAUAUGAAGUUGAACGAGGUUGACUUCUACGAGCCCUUCAUGGAGGAACCAGUGACCAUCCCAGGAAAGCCGUACACUGAGGCUGAGCUUGUAGACUACAUUGAGGAACAUGACAGGCCCACUCUGAGGAAGCUCGAGCCCCACAGCAUGUACGAGACCUGGGAAGAUGACAUUGAUGGAGAGCACAUUGUAGCCUUCGCUGAGGAGGAUGACCCUGACGGUUUUGAGUUCCUGGAGAUCCUGAAAGAGGUGGCCCGUGAAAACACUGACAACCCCGACCUCAGCAUCAUCUGGAUCGACCCCGACGACUUCCCCCUGCUUGUGCCCUACUGGGAGAAGACCUUCGGCAUUGACCUCGGUUCCCCUCAGAUCGGUGUUGUGGAUGUGGAAGAUGCCGACAGUGUGUGGAUGGAGAUGGAUGAUGAUGAGGACAUGCCCACUGCUGAUGAGCUUGAGGACUGGAUCGAGGAUGUGCUGUCCGGAAAGAUCGAUCCAGAUGAUGAUGAUGAUGACGAUGAUGACGACGACGACGAUGAUGAUGAUGAUGAUGAUGAUGAUGAUGACGACGACGAUGAUGAUGAUGAUGAUGACGACGAUGAUGAUGAUGAUGACGACGAAGAUGACGACGACGACGAUGAUGAUGAUGAUGACGAUGAUGAAUAAAAGCUUACUUGCCAUCCUUGGGUUGGCUCGGCUUUAGCCAACAGUGGCCGAAAGCUGGUACCAAUCAUCAGUUUCCUAACAUCUCGUCAAACACAUGUUGUGUCCCUUCCUGUUUGCUUCCUGUAUCUCUUUCUCAAAGCCCUGAUCAGAUAGUCCGGUGAUAUGCCAAAAGGGCAACACCUAAAUCAAAUUGACUCACAGAAGGUUGGUGGCACCUUAAUUGGGGAGGAGCGCUCGUGGUAAUUGCUGGAGCGGAUUAGGUGGAAUAGUGUCAAAUACAUCAAACACAUGGUUUGAUGCCAUUCCCUUCGCUCUGUUCCAGCCGUUAUUAUGAGCUGCCCAACCCUCAGCAGCCGCAACUGAUUUCACUGGGUGAGAAAAGACAUGGAAGCAGGGGGAAAUUUUUGUCUGUGAAAAGAAAAUGGGUUGCGGCUCAAAUGUAAGAUCAGUGUUCCUUGUUCAGUAUGAAACGUUUGUCUCUCUCUUCAUGUGGUUAUAACUGUGAGUGUAUGUGAGGACAAAUUUGAGGAAAACUAGUAUGUUUGACUUAGUUUUAUCUCGUUUUUCACAAUCAGGGUUGCUCCCUUUCCCCUCUCUCAUUUGUUCCAUUUGUCUGUACUCUGUAACAUCUACAUGUUUUCUACUGGUAAAGAGAAGAAACAUUGUACUAUAUUUUACUAUAUUGUAUUAUUUUUUAAAGAGAAGGAAACUUAACCUCACUGAAAUGUCUUGACAUGUCUUAAGAAAAAAUCAGUUUCGAAGAGUGAUUAUGAAGAUCUUGGAAUUCACAAAAAGACAAAAUAACUUGAUUGUUUCUGGUCCAAUAUUGGAAAAAAAAUGAAAAAACAAACAAUUAAAAAUGUAAUAUUGUUGUUUGUCAUAAUUUCUAUAUGAAUGUGGAAGUGUCUUUGUGUUUUUGUGACACAACAACAUUUCUACAAACGAAAGCUACAUAAUUGUGAAACCUAUAAGAACCAGUACAUAUUUUGAUGAUGGUGAAGCUUUACACAUCAAAUAUAAUCUAAUUCAAGACUCUUGAGAAUGUCAGAGAGACAAGACUGUGGCAACUUUCAUGGCUCCACAAAACUAAAAGGUGCAAAAUUCUCACAGGAGCAAACAUUUCGUAAAUCUGUCCCAGAGAGUAUUUUACUGCCUUGAUGAGGCAUAAAACACAUGAUAUACAGAAAUACCUUCAGAAAGUAUUCAUUCCUGUUCACUUUUUACACAUUUUGUUUUGUUACAGUUUGUGUGACUGAUCUACUCAUAACGUCAACGUUAAAUUUUGUUUUUAAGAAAGGUUUACAAACUAAUUAAAAAUAAAAAGCUGAAAUAUA